AUGGCUUCACCGGUCCCCAGCCCCAUCAAUCCGCCGUUUGAUGAGCUUGCCCAGAACCUCACCGGCAACCUCACUGGCAACUCGACAGCUGGAAACGCCACCGCUGCCGCUGUGGAAUGGGGUUUCACCCAGUAUGCUAGCUUCUUGACGAUGGAGGCCAAGCUCAUCUUCAGCGCCCUAGCCAUCAUUUACAUUGGCGCCCACGGCUCACUCCGCCGCCCACCUUCUGCCGCUCCUCAGAAGCGCAAUGAUGGAAAAGAACGCAAGGAGGACGAGCCUAUAACAGAGGGUCUCAUGCCUACCGACGCCAUUCUCUUCCCGAUCCUGGCCGGCACCAUGCUCAUCGGCCUCUACUACCUCAUCCAAUGGCUCCAGGAUCCCGCCAUCCUCAACAAGAUUCUCCGAGUUUACAUGUCCGUCAUGGGUGUCGCCAGUUUGACGACUCUGAUCGCACACUCACUGCGGGUUGCCACCGGAUUCGUCUUCCCCAACUACUUCCGCCACGAUGGCUCACUCUACAACAUCAACGAUGACGAUGAGGCUUUCAUCAAGGUCACAGGCGACGGGGUUGACCAGAACAACGCACAGGUUCUCCAGAAGAGCAACCCGCUGCCUUUUGGUUUGCGCAGCAUUGUGCGCCUCAACAGCAUCAAGACCAACCGGGUUCUAUGGGACUUGCGCCACGUCUUGACGGAUGAGUGGACGGUGAAGGCGAAGUUGCACGGCCUCCUUCGCGAGAAGUUCCAUAUGACUAUCCUCCACGUCGUUGGUCUCAACCUGGCUAUCGCCACCGUCGUGGCCUACUUCAUGUCUGGCUCGCCAUUCCUGUCCAACUUCAUGGGCUACGGAUUCUGCUACGGCUCAUUCCUCAUGAUGUCCCCGACGACGUUUGCGACGGGAAGUUUGGUGCUGAUCGGACUCUUCUUCUACGACGUAAUCAUGGUCUUCUACACCCCCUACAUGAUCACCGUCGCCACCAAGCUCGAUGUGCCCAUCAAGCUCCAGUUUCAGUCCGCCGCUAGGUCCAGCAUUCUCGGACUCGGAGACAUUGUCGUCCCGGGCAUUGUCAUGUGUCUCGCCCUCCGCUUCGACAUGUGGCUUCACUACCAGCGCCAGGUCAAGUAUAUCCCGACCGAUCUCAAGUCCGACCAGCACGACGCGACCUCCGGCGACGUGGUCACCGUGAGCCAAACCCAGCACAUUGCGCAAAAGGCCCCGUACCUCGACAUCACCAACUGUUGGGGCGACUGGUUCUGGUCCGCCCCUUCGUGGCUGGAUCUCUUCAAGGCUGCAACGCAGACAGCGCCGCCGACCGUGCGCGGAUCGACUUUCAGCAAGACUUACUUUUACGCCUCCCUGGUCGGCUACGCUAUCGGCAUGGUGACUACACUAGUCAUGUUGGUUGUCUUCAAGCACGGCCAGCCUGCGCUGCUGUACCUCGUCCCUGGCGUUCUCAGCUCCCUCUGGUUGACUGGUCUCGUCCGUGGCGAGCUCAAGGAGAUGUGGAUGUACACCGAGGACGGGAGCCUCGACACCCGCGACGUUGUCGUCGAGCUUGAUGGUGACGGCAAUGUCGUGAAGGAGCUUAAGAACGACGAGGACGAGAAGAAAAAGAAGAAGGACGAGGAAGAGAAGACUGCGGAGGAGAAGAAGGCUAUUGAGAAGCGGGAUGCCGAGAAGACUGAGUAUAGCAUAGUCUCCUUCUCCGUCACUGCUCCGCUUAGAAAGCCGAAGAAGCAGUGA